UUGAUGCAAAUAAAUUGCUUCGCGUAGGAGGGCGCAUACAAAAUUCUAACUUUUCUGAAAAUAAAAAGCACCUAUUCUUCUGCAGCCCUCUCAUAGGUUUACUAAAUUGUUAUUUUAUUAUCAGCAUGUUAAGUUACUUCAUGCAGGCCCUCAGCUACUUCUCGCUUCGAUCCGUGAAAGUUAUUGGCCAAUUGGAGGUCGUAAUUUAGCUAGAUUUUGUUACCGUCAAUGUGAUAUAUGUUCCAGAAUUAGAGGUCAAAUUGUUACGCCGAUCAUGGGGAAUCUGCCGCAACACAGAGUGACACCUGGGGGGUUUCCGUUUGAGAACGUUGCACUCGAUUAUGCAGGUCCUAUACAGGCCGUUACGCGGCAAGGUCGAGGAUGUAAGGUAACAAAAGUUUACAUUGGCAUUUUUGUAUGUUGCGCCACCAAAGCGAUACAUUUAAAAUUAGUGGGUGACUUAACGAGCAAUACUUUUAUUCUGGCUUUACGGAGAUUUAUUUCGCGUCGGGGAAAACCGACAAAUAUUUAUUCUGACAAUGGUACCUCGUUCGUGGGCGCGUAUAACGAAAUUUCGAAAUUUAUUAAGGCGAGUUGUGAUGGUUUGACUGAUACUAUGGCUAGUGAUGGCGUGUUUUUUCAUUUUAUUCCGGCUUAUUCGCCACACUUUGCUGGCGUUGCGGAAGCUGGUGUCAAGUCCACUAAAUAUCAUUUAGUUAGAGUGUUGGGACAAUGUAAUUUAACGUACGAAGAAUUAAAUACCACACUGGUCCAGAUCGAAGCACUGCUGAAUUCCAGCCCACUCACUCCACUGUCCUCGAGUCCAGAGGAUCUGACGCCGCUCACCCCUGGACAUUUCCUGAUUGGGCGACCACUCGUUUCCCUACCGUCGCCUGAGCUCCGAGAUCGCUCCACGAACACGUUAACGAGAUUUCAUCGUAUUGAGCAGCUCCGCCAGCAUUUUUGGUCACGUUGGAGCAAGGAAUACAUAUUCGAGCAGACACCACAUACAUUCAGAUUAGAACGAAAUGGCGUGCAAGCAAGGGGUCACUGAAACUUGACUCCCUUGUGCUGAUAAAGGAGGAGAAUUUGCCGCCACUAAAAUGGAGAUUGGGUCGUAUCGUCGAAGUGCAUCCUGGCACUGAUGGAGUUACCAGAGUGGCCACCAUUAAAACCGCUGCUGGAAUGG